GUUCGGACCUCCAUAGUAUUUCUUGAUAAGAAGAUGAUGCAAGAUAGCCCAAUAUAUAUCCCUACAGAUUCAAGCCAUGGUGCUGUGGACUCUCACUUGUCCCAGGAAAUCAGCACCACUGCCUCUGAACAUCGGGAUGAGUCAAACAAUGAGAGCACAGCAAGAGAUAGUGAAGGAGAAGAAAAGAAAAUGAGGAAAAAAGCACUGCCUAUGGACUGUGCUCCAGCACCAAAUGAGAAAUUAGAACAAGCACAGAAGAUGGCAGAAAAGUUCAUUAAAGAAAAAGAGGUGUAUAAAGCCAACAGGGAACUUAUUAGAUGUGUGGCUCUUACUAGAAUUAUCUAUGGAGACGGUCACUGGCAACUGGCACAAGCAUUCGCCAACCUGGCUCACAGCUAUUUAAUACUUCAAGGUCUUCCUGCACAGGCCAUAGAGCAUGCGGAAUCAGCCAAACGUACCAUGCUGAUAGGGAUUCGUACGCCUGCAGCAACUCCAGAGGACAAAAGAGAAAUAUUAGGAACUCUUGUGACUAUCUACUUUACCUUGGGCGUAGCACAUCUGGCACAGAACAAUGGCAAAGAAUCCUAUCUCAGUCUGCAGAAGGCAGAGAGACUCAUGGCAGAACUUCAAGAACUGGAUGGGAGAGUGAGCAUGGGAUUAAAAAUAUCUGAGAAAGAUUUAGUCAUUGCAUUGGGCAGGACAUGUUUGCAGCAAAACAUGUUGGACUUUGCCACAAGUUAUUUUGAAAAAGCUGUUGAUGCAGUAAUUUCAACUGAAGGCGAUACAGCUCCAGAACUGAUAAACCUUUAUCAGAAAAUUGCCCAAAGUGAGCAACUGAAGAAAAACCAUGAAAGAGCCAUAGCAUAUUUAUUACAGGCCCAUUCCAUUUGCAUGGCUCUGCACAAGAAACUUAGUGUUGAAGCUGCUCAGACGGCCUUGUUGCUGGGCAAAGCUUAUGCUGCAACUGGAGACCAGCAGCAUAUUGGGACGGCUGAAAUGUAUUUUACAGAGAGUCUGAUUGCAUAUCAGGCAGCAUUGGGUGCAAAGGAUUCCCUGACACUUACUGCCAUUGAGGAAUUCAGUAAAUGGCUUGUAUAUGUAGGGAAAAAACAGCAGGCCUACAGGCUGCUGAAAGAUUCGUUGAAGUCCAUCAUAGACACCUAUGGCGAUUUUAGUGAGAAGGCAGCUGAAACUUACCAUAUCAUGGGCAGUAUCUGCCUGGCAGAGGGAAAGAUGAGAGAGGCUUACCAGCUGUUCAAUAAGUGUUUGCAGAUUCAAAUAGCUGUUUAUGGGCCUCGCAACAGGAAACUGAAAGACAUGCAAGAGCUCCUGACUGCAUUAGAGAGGUCUCCAGCUGUCCAUGAAGGGAACAGACUGCUGAAGUAGAAAAGACAGAUGGUGCUAAAUCAUACUGUUGGCAAAAAUCUUGGAUCCUUAGCAAUUGUGACAGCACAUGAAACCAGAAACUAAGUUGGAGGAUUAAUUGGAGAACUCAGGUACAUUGUACUUGUUAUAAUCAACUCAACAAAGUUCUGUAAAUGUUUGCUUUAGUUUAGGAAAAAGCAUCAACCUUCCAGGUAAACUUCCCCCUCCUAUUAUCCUUUCAUUUUCUUUCUUACUAUAUUUUUAAGGUCUGGGUCUAAUGGUAGCAUAUCAGAUGUUCUACUGAGUAUUAAAAAAAUGGGCAUAAAUUACAAAAAUCUUGCAUGAAUGACUCCUUUUGGAAAAGAUAUAGGAAUACACGUUUACACAUUUAAAAGUAUUUCUUUUGAAGACAUUCUACUAGUACUUUGGUGAAUGAAUGCAAAAUAUACCCAAUGGAGAAACACAGAUUGGA